AGCCGCCGUGCAGCUCCGGGCUUCGCAGGGGGAAACGCUCACCUCUCCGGUCCUCAUCCGUGUUAAGUACCGUCUGUCCGGGACGUCACGAAGAUGGCACCAGUUGGGGGCAAAAAGGCCAAAAAGGGUAUCCUAGAACGGUUAAACUCUGGAGAGGUCGUGAUUGGAGAUGGAGGUUUUGUCUUUGCACUGGAGAAGAGGGGCUAUGUGAAGGCAGGGCCCUGGACCCCAGAAGCUGCUGUGGAACACCCAGAAGCAGUUCGCCAGCUUCAUCGAGAAUUCCUCAGAGCUGGAUCGAAUGUCAUGCAGACCUUCACCUUCUACGCCAGUGAAGACAAGCUGGAGAACAGGGGAAACUAUGUUGCAGAGAAAAUAUCCGGGCAGAAAGUCAAUGAAGCUGCUUGUGAUAUUGCCCGGCAAGUGGCUGAUGAGGGAGACGCCUUGGUGGCAGGAGGCGUGAGCCAGACACCUUCGUACCUUAGCUGCAAGAGAGAAACUGAAGUCAAAAAAGUCUUCCAGCAACAGUUAGAGGUCUUCAUGAGGAAGAAUGUGGACUUUUUGAUCGCAGAGUAUUUUGAACACGUUGAAGAGGCUGUAUGGGCAGUUGAAGCCUUGAAAGCAUCUGGGAAACCGGUGGCAGCGACCAUGUGCAUCGGCCCAGAGGGAGAUUUGCACGGCGUGGCCCCUGGCGAGUGUGCAGUGCGUCUGGUUAAAGCAGGAGCUUCCAUCGUUGGCGUGAACUGCCAUUUUGAUCUCACAACUAGCUUACAAACAGUGAAGCUCAUGAAAGAAGGCUUGGAGGCCGUGGGACUGAAAGCCCACCUGAUGAGUCAGCCCUUGGCCUACCACACUCCUGACUGCGGCAAACAGGGAUUUAUCGACCUGCCAGAAUUCCCCUUUGGACUGGAGCCCAGAGUUGCAACGAGAUGGGAUAUUCAAAAAUACGCCAGAGAGGCCUACAACCUUGGGGUCAGGUACAUAGGUGGGUGCUGUGGAUUUGAGCCCUACCACAUCAGGGCGAUUGCAGAGGAGCUGGCCCCGGAACGGGGAUUUUUGCCACCAGCUUCAGAAAAACAUGGCAGCUGGGGAAGUGGUUUGGACAUGCACACCAAACCCUGGAUUAGAGCAAGGGCCAGGAAGGAAUACUGGGAGAAUCUUCGGAUAGCCUCAGGCAGGCCGUACAACCCUUCUAUGUCAAAGCCGGAUGCCUGGGGAGUGACCAAAGGAACAGCCGAGCUUAUGCAGCAGAAAGAAGCCACGACCGAGCAGCAGCUGAGAGAGCUCUUUGAAAAACAGAAGUUCAGAUCUGCAUAACAGCCUCAGCGGAACCCAUUUUCAGUGACUUCCUCUAUGUUUGGAAGUCUAUGUUUGGGCCACAAUUCCAAAAAUAAGGAAAAGAUGGUUAAAAGGCAAUGCUUAUAUGAACCCCAGCCUACAUGUAAAGAUUGAUAUUAGCUGAACAAAACAAUUACAAAUAGUACUUGACAAUUUAAAAAAGUAUAUAUUUAGAACUUGAAAGCAAAAUAAAUAAGAAGCAAAUAUUAAACAGGUUUACUAAGCACCCACCACGUACACGGUAUUAAGGAAAUCACUGUGGCCAAGGAAAAGUAAUUUGGACAUUAGUCCCACUUCAAGAAGUUUGCAGGCUAGUAAGGAGGAUGAGAUGUGAGCUGUCAUAAAUGGCUCAGCAACCAGACGGGGACAGACAAAGUGCUAUAGGAAAGUGACUUCCAAGCUCUUCUGAAGAUGACCCUUCAUAAGAAACACAAUUUAUAUUGAUAUAAUGACCCAGUAAAGUACAUGUACAACCACUGAAAUAAAAUGUGAUCCAUUCUGGUAUUUUUUAUUCCAUUCCUUUCUGUCCUAUUUCAUUAAUAAAAUACUAUGCUGGUUAAGACCCCUCAAAUUGAUUUUAUGACCCAUUAAUGAGUUUUGACCCACAGAUUGAAAAACACUGCUAUGGGACACCAGCUAUGGGGACUUUGCUAUUCCUUUAAGUUUCUUCUUAGAAAAUCAGUCCUAUGGGACCUGAUCAGUAAACAUUCAAAGCUCAGAGCUCCAGAGUUGUUCCCUGUCUUUUCUGACCCAUUUUUACCACUAAGAAGCAUUCAGACCACUGGGGAGGCCGAGAAGGGAUUGGUACCCAGGCUCUCUCCAUCUUUUUCUAGGCUGGAUCCACCUAAAUACCUCCCGUCAGUAAGACUGGGGAGCAAUGGUCUUGUGUUACUUUGGUAGCUUUAAAAAAUAUAUAUAAUAAAGAAAAAGAGAUUCUCCAAACUCUAUCCGGGGUUCCUAGAUUGAGAACUAUAUUUUUACCUGGUAGUAUCUACUCUGAAAGCUCAAGCCUGAGAAGUAAGCUCAAGUCUGAAGUAAGAGCAUUAGAAUAAACAUGGCUACUCAAUGUAUUAGGAAAGAGUUCAUGCUUCUUUCUAAACAUUCAUGGAUUGGUAUAGCUGUUUGGAAAUUCUAAUCUCUUCAGCUACUAAAAUAAAAGGAGCAAUGAGACUUA